AUGAGUGAAUCCGAUUCUUUAAUUAAUGGGUCUGCGGACCUUCAAGAUUUAUUAAUGUGUGAAUCCUCCGUUGAUGAUAUUUUGGCUUCUUUUAAUAAUAACCCUUCUUCUACACAAUCUGAACAAAACUCUAUCCAUUCACAAGAAACUUCUUUAUUCUCUCCAAACUCCGUUAACCUUGAUGAUUUCAAUUCUUUGGAGCCUUUAUAUCAUUCACCAAAUUCUGGUGAAAGCUCUGCUGAAGAUAUUAGUACUCCAGAUGCUCUUUCUCCAUUAAAUUAUAGUAUCUUUCAAGAUUUGAAUGUUUCUCCAACUAGCUCUGUAUUGGCCGACUUUGAUAAUCACUCUUCUCAAAUGGAUGAUACAUUUAAUACAUAUGAUACCUUAUUACCCCCCGAGUUUAAUAUUAACCUUCUAGGAAACCAGUAUGAAAAUAGUAGAAAACGAGCUUCUUUUAAAUGUGACUCGAAUUCUUCCGAUGAAUCUUUAAAAAAGAAACGUAAAGCUACAAACGGAACUGAUAAAUCUGCAAAACAAUGCAAGUCUACAAAAAAAUUUAAUUCUUCUGCCAAUCAUAAAAAAUUUGAUGAAAAUUCUUUGACAUCAAAAUUGCGUUUAAAAUCUUCUGCAAUUGAUAUUGAUACUGUUAAAAUGAUAUUGGCUUCCUUGAUUGAUACUGCGAAUCGAUCCACUGAAUCAUCUGAUAUCGACUCUGUCCAAGAUAGUCAUUCUGAAGAAGAAACCAUGCCAUGUGAUGAAAACAUAUCUUCUGGUACAAAGUUACCAGCAUCUCGUCUCGAAUCUCCGACUUUAAUUUCGGCUUCUCGGCCACAAAAAGACUCGAAAAAGUUAACAAAUAAACAACAAAAAAAAGUUGCCCAUAAUGUGAUUGAACGUCGUUAUCGAAAUAACAUUAAUGAUAGGAUUAUUGAAUUAAAAAAUGUGGUUCCUGCACUUUGCCAUUUGAAAAACAAAGAUGAUGACGUAAUCGAGGAAGUAGAUGGAAUCCCAGCUGCAACAAAAACUAAUAAAGCUACUAUUUUGACAAAAGCAACCGAAUACAUUAUGUAUUUAAAAAAUAAUAACCAAAAGUUUAAAAAUGAAAAUAUGCUCCUAAAAAAAAUUAUUGAAGCUAUUCCUGGCGGUAUCGAGUAUUUUGCCAGGGUCUUUACAUUUCUUAUAUGUUUUACUUAUAUCGUCUGGCCAUCUUUUCUUUCAUUCAAAUCACAUCGAUCUCGCAAAUCUUCCAUCCUUUCUUGUUUAAAUAACAAGACAAAAGAUGUAACAGAGUUUUACUCAUCUCUUUCAUCCCUUACGAAUACUUCGUCAAUGAAUGCUUUGGGUUAUGUAGCUGGUCUUUUUAUCGAAUCUUUAAGAUUAUUUUUAAGAAAGAUUUUAGGCUGGGAAAUUUCUUUUGGUUAUGCUGAUGUAGAUAUGGAUGAAAGAGUAUUAGAAGUUGAAUUAUGGAACCGACUUGGUGAAGCAGAAUUAUGUGGUGGAAACAAGCGUGCAACUUGUCUUUCAGUCUUAUACACAUGCCUUCGAACAAUUAACCUUUUGGAAAGCCCUUACACUUAUAAUAAGAGCAUGCGCAUCGAUCCUUCUCGUAUAUACGCAAAUGCCGCAUUACAAUGUCAUGUUGGUCUCCGUUCAGUACCUUUUCUAUCCCGUAGAACUGUACCUUAUUUCUGGAAAUUAGCUAUUAAAAAGAAGACUUGUUCCAAUUCUAAAGAAAAAUGGCUUGAAAUCGCACUUAUUAACGACAAUAAUAAUGAUAUUUUAGAAAGUGUAGCUUACAGGAUCAGUGAACAUAUUUUUCAUUUAUCGAAAAAUGAAGAAACACUUAAACCCAUGAUCAACACAACUAUCCCACUUGUUUAUGUUUCCGAAAUUCAAGCUCUCUUUCAUAUUAAGGAAGCCUUUUCCAAUCUUAUUUCCGUACGACAUGACGUUAAUAAAGUUCAAAAGAAGAAAUCCAAAUUUACCUUUCACGAACUUUUUGGUGUUACCACACCUGCAUCCCCAAUGCAUUGGUAUGCAUUGGUUGGAUGUAUUGUCCAAGCUUUUUUUGAGGGUAAAAAUGAACUUGGCGUAAAACUAUUAAACAAGUUGAAGGAAGAAUCAAAUAAUAAUAAUAAUGACUUGAAUAAGCAAAUUAUUACAAUGGGUUUACUCUCUCGAUCGCUCUUGAUUUGUGGUAAACUUGAAGCUUCUAUUCAUUAUGCUAAUAAUGUUGCUAAUAAUGUAACUUUACGAAAAAAUAAAGAAAUGGAAACUACUGAAGACGACAAAGAUUUUGUGAUUAGAGAAAUUGUCAAAGAUAUUGAUAAUUUGGCAGAAUUUUGUGUUGGAUGGAUCGUUUUAGAAACAAGAAUCAUUGUACUAGGAAUUAUCGGAAAUGUUCUAUCAAAAAAUAAGGAUAAAGCUUUACCAAAUGUACUGGGCGAGAAAUAUAUGAAUUCAUCCAUUGAUACUUUGGCUCAACAUCUACGACGAUCAUCAAAUUUUAAUGUAUUUGAUAGCAUUCCAAAGUUACGAUCAAGUUUUAUAAGAAAACUUGACGAUGUUGGAAGGAUUGUAACUGGCAUAGAUGAAAUUGACUCUGGGUGUGAUUGCGAUGAUUAUGAUAAACAGAACAAUAGUGAAUAUAAGGCCACAAGAGCUUUACGUGUCUUAAAGGGCAUGUAA